GUUGCGAGUCACCUCUCUCUCGCACUCAAAAUCCAACGACAUGACAUUUACAUGGCUGCGCGCACGCACACACAAACAACGCGCUUCACUAACAACCGUGUGCGUUCCAAUGGUGGCCAAUGUUUAACGUAUAUUUUGAGCUUGACAUUUGUUUUUUUGAAUGGAAUGUACAGAUUUUUGAAAAUGAAAACACUGCAAUUUUAAAAUGAACACAAUUUUUUGAAGAUAAAAUUUUCAAAAAUCGAAUCAAAAAGCGGUUUUUGGUUACACCAGGAAAAUACAUAAAAAGUAUGAACAGCCGCUGCUUGUCGUCAUUCCAUCGAUGUGCUGGUGAUGCACAGAACGCACCCGAACGAGUUGCUCAGUUCCGUUUUGCUUGCAUUUUCAAACUGUCAAAUGUGAGCAACAACAAAACAAUCAAAAUAAAAACUAUGUACGCGAUGAAAAAAAAAAUUAAAAACGAAGGAACGCUUCAGCACCAAGCCAAAAUACAAUCAGAGUGAACAUGGAUUUAUUCCACGGUUUAUUGAACAUUUUCAAUUGUGAUUCAACUCGAACGAACUGAUUUUCCAGUGGUUAUUGGUGAAAAUAUUCAAGUUGUACGGUUUGAAUGGUUUUAAUUGAGGGUGGAACAGUGUAAAUAAGAGGACAGAAAAAACGAUAUAUGUACGGUGGUGAGAGAGAUCCUGAAAACCAGUUAUCUCACAUUCGUAAAGCGAAUCAUUAGUGUGGUUUUUCUAUACACUAACGAUAGAAUAAUAUGUCGCAAGCUGUACCACCAGUACAUUCGAGGCGACCACGGCCAGAGAUGAAUCAAAAUAAUGCUAACGAACCAAUUACAGCGGCCAGAUUCGGUGAAACCGAAUGGGAGGCUCGCGAUUCACAAAGACAGCGGGAGUUGGAGGAGGCGAGAGCGCGUGCAUCUCAAAUGGAAAAAACCAUGAAGUGGUGGUCUGAUUGUACUGCAAACUGGCGUGAAAAAUGGUCAAAGGUACGAAAUGAGCGAAACAAAGCUCGCGAUGAAGCGAAGCAACUACGAACUAGUCUUGAAGCCGCUAUAAAAGAGUCAAACUCAUAUAAACGAGAGAAAAAUGAGCUCGAACUACAGAUAAACCAAUUGAAAAAGGAGAUGGAAAAGGUGCAUUUACUUAUGAUGAAGCACGCGGGCCAAUUCAAUGGCAAUAGCGAAGAGAACGAACGAGAUGGUCGUGACAAUUCCAAUUGUUCGCCAGACAUCUCAUCGGAUGGUCUCAAAAAUGUAAACAGUGAAGAUGGUUUAGUCACAAACUCUAAGUCACAGGAUCACAAUGAGAAACGCGAUACCGAAAUCGAAGAGUAUGUUCUACAAGGUGCCGUUCCAAAGCAUGUCAUCGAAUCAUUGAGAAAUGAAGAAGAUCGAAGAAAUAGUGCCGAGGAACGAAGGCUUAUCCAACAAUUGUCCAAGGAUGAUUUUGAAGAAGAAUGUCUGAUGCAACAGAUCUCCAUGUUACAACUCAAACUAGACGAAAGCCGUAAGAGUGUACAAACCGAACGAGACGAAAAGAAUAAUUUGUAUAAAACAAUUGAAAAAUUGACGAGCGAACUGGAGGAUAUCAAGGAGAAAUAUGAAGAAAUUCGGUCUGCCAAACAGGAAGCGGUUCGUGAACUACUCACGUUGCAAGAACAACACAAAGCCGAACUGAGAAUUCUCACCAAUUCACAAAUCGAAGAAGCUAAUGCUCGCGAAAAUUUGGAACGUAAACUAUGUGAACUUCGAGCUGAGCUCGAACGCUUGCAAGCUGAAAAUGCAGCUGAAUGGGGCAAACGAGAACGCAUCGAAUCCGAUAAACUGGCACUUGAACGAGAUAACAAAAAGUUGCGUAAUGAAGUUCGAGAUUUGCAGGAUCGAGCUGAUCGACGUGGACGACCAAUUCCAAGUAAUAAUGAUGCUGAAAUGCGUAGUUUUCAACAGGAAAUCAUGGAUAAAAAUAAGGAAAUAUUCGAAUUGCGACAUUCGCACAACAAGUUCAAGAAAAUGCUUGCUGAAACCAAUACCGAGCUGGGUCACGCGGUGCGACGUGCCGAACAGUAUGAAAAUGAAGUGAAACGGUUACGAGCACGUGUCGAAGAACUGAAACAUGAGUUGGCUGGAGCUGAAGACGAAAUAGACAGUCUUCAGGCGCAAAUGCAACAUUUACAAACGAGAAAUUCAAUAAGUCCAAAGCAUCAUUCAAGCUCAAAGCCGAAUUAUCCGCUCGAAUGCAAACCGAACAUAAAUGAUUUGCGACAAUUGUUUGAUGAAAACUCGCGGGCCGAUAAUAAGAAAAGCCAUCGGCAUUCGGCAAUUUAUACCGAUGCGAAGCAUACAUCGUUGGAUGAAAGCAUAUUCGAUUAUAAGAACGGUGGUGGAGGCGGCGGUGGUGGUGGUGGUGGUAUUUAUCAUCAGUCACAGUCAAUUGUGAUGGCUGCCAUACCAUUGUCACGUCAUUCGGAUUUCGAGCGAGUUAAGCAAAAGUUCGACAAGCCAAUCUCAUCACAUUCACCGUCAUCGUCGACGCGUAACGGCAAGAAAGCCCGCAAUUUCAGUAGUUUUCUGAAGUUUAGCAACAAACGCGGUGACUCGAUCCCAUCGUCAAACUGUGACAUUUCACAAACACAAAACAAUAAAUUACCAAACAAUUCAAAAUUAACCGAAUCGAUUGAUUCCGUUGACAGCACCAAAGCCAUAGCUGGUGACAGUUUGAGCAAUAAAAAAAUCGAUGCAUACAUGCACAGUAGCAUUAAUAUCGACGGACUCAAAGUGUCCGACGACGAGGAAUGUGCCGUGCAGAGACCAAUGAAGGCUACCAAAAGAUGGCACCGUAGUCACGAGCCCAAGGAUAUUUUGUCGGGAAACGAAGAAACAAGUGAUGACUGAACGACAUUACCAAUCCCUCCGUCGCCGCUGCUCAAACUGGCAAACACAAUCUUCUUGCAUUAUUUUUCAUUUAAUUAAGUACUUCCAAGUAGAACCAUCGACAAUUCAUUUUCGUUGUUUUUUUUUCUUGCCUAUUAAAACAUUAGUCAUAUUUUUCAUUGCUAGUAACAGUCUCACUUUGAUUCUUAUGCCAAAACUGAAUCGCUAGCCAACUUAAAUAACGAUAACUCAUUUUUUUUUAUUUCAUUUUUUAACUUGACUGAACGUAGUUCGACAUCGAUGUAUUGCAUAAAACAUUGUAUUUGAACACAUAUUUGUGGUGCAUUUUUGAUUUAGUCUUUUCAUCGGGCUCAUUCCAAAGGGCUUUCCACUCAAAAAAAGAAGUCGAACACAAAAUGAUCUAUCUCCUCUAGUGCAUGAUUAACUUAAUUGUUUAGCUUAUUAAGUCAUUCUAUUGUGAUUUCGCGACUUUUUUUAAGAUUCAAUUCAUACUCUCUAAUCAAAGUCAGCGUCGAAUACGGCGUGCGCGCUUGGAAACCUAUUUUUUUUACUCUCAUCACAAAAUUCAUUUCAUUAAAAAACAACAACAAUGUUUGAUUUAUUGUCCUAUAUUGUGGAAAUAUACGGGGAAAAAAUAACAACAUUUUCUCGUCGUAGACAACUAACAGCGCCAAUUUGUUGCGGCGAAAUAUUACAAAUUGUACCAAAAUGUAAUUUUAUGAUUAAACAUUGAAAUUUAACAGA